AAAAAGGGUUUCUGUAACUAAGUAACUUCAUUAUAUCUCUUUCAUUCUUUCUUCUUCUUCUUCUUCUCCUCUCUUUUGUAUUAACCGAAAGAUCCUAAUCUGGUUAACAUAUUUUAUUCAUUUAAUUGAUAAGAAGAAGUUCACCUAAUUAACGCAUUAGAAAUAAAAUACCUUUCAUUUUAAAAACGACCAUUACCUUUUUUUUUUCUUUUUUUUUUCUUAAAGAGAGAGAGAAAAAAAAAUUAUUAUUAUUCUUAUAAUUGGCAUUAUUAUCAUUACUCUAUUAUUAUUAUUACUAUUAUUUAAUCAAUAGUUAAGAUGAGUCAGUACUUUCAACAGGUAAAGAGAAUUUUGCUCAUAAUAAUAGUAACGUGUAUUUUGUUGACAUAUCAAAUCAGGAAAAUAACAAAAGAAUAAAUGAGAAUGUUGAUUCGAACAAUUCUUCUUCUGCGAUGAAUAUAAAAUUAACCAACAUAGGAUCUUUGAAGGCUAAUUCGAAUUCGUUCACUAAUUCAAAGCUUACUUAUGAUCGCUCUAUCUUGUCUACAAAAAGUAUUAACGCAAAUCCUUUUUCAAAGAAAAACGAGGAAAUGAAGAUGAAAGAAUUUAGAGAAAAAUUUUCAUUCAAUCCUAAUCGACUCAAAGAAAAAGAAGAUGAUACCCGUAACCAAUCUAAAGAGGAAGAAGUUAAAACUAAAGAAGUAGCCAGUAUUAUAAACAAUUUUUUUGAAGACAAUAAAACACGCUAUGCAAGAAAUGAAGAUGAAGAUGAAGAUGAUCCAAUGAUCAUUGUCCCAGUUUUACCCAUCACAGUCCCAAGAUCAAUGAGACACAUGUUUUUAAAUGAAAAUAAUAACAACACUAGUUUUGCCUCUAAUACCAAUACCAAUAAGGUCGAUACCACUGCUGACUCUAGUACAACUUUUUCUUAUAAGCAUAAUUUAGGACCGCUUUCUAACGAGAAACGGAAGGAGAUGUUGAAUUCAUCAUUUUCUCAUUUUAGAAACCGAGAUUCCUUUUCAAAUAGUUCUAUUUUUGCCCCUAAUGCUCCUCCUUUGGCCUAUACUGUAAAUGAGGAAACGAUUCGAUAUGAAGCAGAUGAAGAAGAUCGUGCUAAAUUAGCCAUGCUUCAAACUACACAAAUUUGGAGUAGAACAAAUUGGAAUGAUCCUAUGCUUGUAGUUGAGUAUGCUAGCGAUAUAUAUGGUUAUUUUUAUGAUACCGAAAUAUCUAAGGAUAUCGAUCCUAAUUAUGCUGAUGAACAACAAACCGAAGUCACAUGGAAGAUGCGUGGUGUAUUAAUUGAUUGGGUUAUUGAGAUUCAUUACCUUUUUGGUUUGCUUCCAGAGACCCUUUACUUGGCUGUUAAUAUCAUUGAUCGAUUUCUUUCACAACGCACUGUUGCUCUCGGAAAGCUUCAAUUAGUUGGAGUUACAUCACUUUAUAUUGCUGCUAAAUUCGAGGAAACAUUUUGUCCUUCGUUGCAAGAUUUCUUAUUUAUAACGGAUUUUGCAGUUUCAAAAGAAAAUGUACUCAAGGCUGAGCGCUAUAUAUUAGAGGUAUUAGGCUAUCAGCUGUGUUUUCCAAAUCCUAUGAAUUUCUUACGACGUCUUUAUACGGAGGAUGAACAUUGCGAUGUUAAUACAAGAACUUUGGCUAAAUAUUUCUUAGAAGUCGGCUGUGUAAAUCAUACUUUGCUUAGUAUACGACCCUCUAAAUUAGCAGCAGCAUCCUUAUGGCUAGCUAAAAAAAUGCUUUCAAAGGGUAAAUGGACAUCAAAUCUUACUAAAAUAUCUGGUUAUUCCCCUGAAGAAACACGGCCUGUUGUGGAAAACCUUUUACAUUAUCUAUCACAGCCUGUAAUGCAUGAUGCAUUCUUCAGGAAAUGGUCAGCCAAAAGAUAUUCUAAGGCAAGCAUUUUUGUACGUGAUUGGGUCAAUAGAUAUUAUGUUAUUCAAUAGUUUGUUCGCACUGAGAUAGAUGUUUUGUUUUACG